AUGACUACCCAAGCAAGAAUCACACCGACAUCCGUGGCGGACGUUCUGUCUGACCAUCAAUGGAACACCCUCCUCGCGAUCGCAGACGCCUUCGUCGGGACCUCCACAGCAUCUACCAACCCCCUCGAGGUAAAUCCAUCGGAAUGCCCUGCCUUCAUCGAGCUCCUGUCGGAAGCUCUGACCAUCCGCCUCCCGCCCUCGUCGGUAAAAGAGAUGGCGCUCUUCCUCUCCCUCGUUUCGGGCUACACCGGGUAUGCCUUCAACGGGACCUCGACAUAUCUGUACGAUCUCCCUCGUGACCAGGUCGAGGCGAUCAUCCAGGGCUGGAUGCAGUCCAGACUCGCUCCGAUCCGGACCGGCGCAAAGGCAGUCGGGAGCAUCAUUCGUAGCAUGUGGAUCAGGACUUGUCCAGAUCUGCUGCCAGCGAUCGGUCACCCCGGGCACAUUGUACCCGCCCCCAAAGAUCAAGGCGGCGAGGACCUGCUGGGUAGCGCUCGCUCGGCAGAGUUCCAAGGGGAGCAGGUCCAAGAGCUGAUCACCGGCGUGCUCGUCAUCGGCUCCGGAUCGGGCGCUUCAUCAUUCACCCACUCGCUCGUCCGCAACCUCAAAUCGCAGAAUUGGCAGUCGCUCAUCUCCUCCCCCUCCAACAUCUCCGACGUCCUACUGUUGGAGAAGGGAUCAAAGCGGACUCCUCAUCCCAAUGGAACGCCGCUCACGGGCGACGAGAACGAGGCGUUUGACAGCAUGAUGGAGAAUGGCGGUGUCCUGAUCUCGGACGAGGGGGCGAUCCAGGUUGUGGCUGGCUCGACCUGGGGCGGCGGGUCGCGCGUCAACUGGAGCGCUUGUCUUCAGACCGACCGGAUCGUGCGGGAGGAGUGGACCAAGCACAUCAUGAAUGAUAUGGGCAAGACAGGGGAGCCGCACGGGAGGAUGUUCCUCGGGAGGGAGUGGCAGGAUUGCAUGGAGCAUGUGGAAGACCAACUUGGUGUCCAGACGCCUGGGCCUGACGACCACAACGCCGCCAAUCGGACCCUCAUCGACGGCUCGCGCAAGCUCGGCUAUACCGUCAAGGCUGUCCCGCAGAACAUUUCAGGCUCGUUUGCCGAUCAUGCCAAGUGUGGCGCGAGCUGUACCAUCGGGUGCCGGGGUCACGCCGAGGUCGCCGAGAAGAAGGGCAAGAUGUCGGGGUGCAGGGCGUUCCUCAACCCGCUGCUGGCCGAGGGGGAUGGACCGGUCGUGAAAGGGCUGGACGGGUUUGAGGUGGAGCGGGUGCUUUUGGAAGGAACGCCGAAGCGGGCGGUGGGCGUCGUGGGAUGGGCCCAGCGCGGUCCGUCAAGGGUCAAGGUGGUAGUCAGGGCGAGGGUUGUAGUCGUCAGUGCGGGGACACUGAACAGUCCGGCCGUGCUUUUGCGAAGCGGAGUCAAGAACCCCCAUCUCGGAUACCAUUUACACCUCCACCCCACCGUCAUCGUCCAGUCGCUCUGGCCUCAGCCGGUCAAUCCGUGGGAGGGCACGAUUCUUACCACCGUCAUCAACGAGUUCGCCAAUCAAGAUGGCAAGGGGCACGGCGUCAAGCUCGAGGCGAUGUGCAUGCUGCCGGCUCUAGCGCAGACUUACGUCCCGUGGACUGGGUCGGACGCCUGGCGGAAGCGGAUGCAAGACUUCCCGCGCACGAUGGGGCACAUCGUGCUUUGUCGUGAGGAGGCUACUGGCCGGGUCUAUGUGGACGGCAAGGGCAGGGAGCGGAUCAGCUACGUCACAGGGAAGAAGGAGCGGGAGUGGAUCCGGCAUGGCUUUGAGGGGAUAGCCAAGCUACUUCAUGCUCAGGGAGCAGAGGAAAUCUAUACCAGCGGAGCGGGGCUGCCGAUCUGGCGCAGGAACGGCAAGCAUGGGGAUUGGGCGGACGAUCAGUCAUUCCUUGACUUCCUCGAGGCGUACCGCAAGUCCGGAUUCGACAUUGAUCGGAUCAGCUUUGGCUCAGCGCACCAGAUGGGGACGUGUCGGAUGAGCGGAGCUCCCAGGUCAGGGGUGGUAGAUGUCAGAGGCAAGGUAUGGGGCAUUGAGGGGUUGUAUGUGGCGGAUGCGAGCGUGUUCCCGAGCGCCAGCGGGGUCAACCCGAUGAUCACCACCAUGGCGUUCGGAGAGUGGAUCGGAAGGCGGGUCGUUGAGGGCUUGGUCAAGGGAGUUGAGGCGGAGGGGGUCACCCAGGCCAGGUUGUAA